AUGCGUUUUGCACCUUCGAAGUGCAAAAUGUUAUUACAAGACUGGGUCGGUCCAGCACCGAGCCUCACUCUAACUGGAGAAGUAAUAGAGCAGGUGGAUGCGUUUUGUUAUUUAGGCAGCUACAUCUCACCCGGUGGACGCAUCAUGGACGAAGUGUCAGCUCGCAUACAGAUGGCUCGGUUGGCAUUUGCCAACUUGAGACAUCUGUGGCGCCGUCGCGACAUCCGG